ACGGAAGAUCACACUGUCUAUCAAGAACCAAACGAUUCCAGUUUUGCCCAAGAUCAUCCUCGAAAUGCUCUCCAGCGCAGCUCCAAAUGGAUUAUUGAUUUUGACCGAAUUGACCAAGAGAGUUCUCCGUUGGCCAUUCUCUACAAGUCGCCGGAACUCAAAGCCUUUGUCUCCUAUGUGGUUCGGUCUGAUUCGGAAAUUAAGGACGAUACACUUUACACUAGUGGAUGUCCAUACAAUGCGGCUUACUACAACCUUUACGAACCCAACGAUGGUUUGGGAUGGCACUUUGAUAAAAGUCAGUUUGGAGUCAAUCUGGAGUUGCAACCUGGAGAACUUGGAGGAGACUUUGAAUUGUGCUGGAAUACCCGAGAGGAUGACAGUGCCUGGUGUUUUGACAAGGUUCAAAACGUUCUCGACGUGUCGGACGAUGCCCAUUCACCAGUGGCACAACGGAUACAAGAUCCACCAGUGGGACCAGGAUCUCUGGUGUUCUUCGCCGGGGCCAGAAAUUUGCAUCGAGUGACACCCGUGGUAUCUCAAAAGCCUCGCAUCAAUGCCAUAAUGACGUUUGAAACGCAACCUAACCAAAGACCCAAUGCCUAUUCUCUCAAAAAGUUCUUUGGGAGAUAG